UUUCACUUUGCGACUUCCGGAAGCGGCGUCUCUUAGGUAACGGCGAUGGCGGCCGACGUGUCAGAGGGGGCCGAGCACCUUUUCUCACUGGAGUUGCUUGUGGACUGGGUGCGCCUGGAGGCCGGACCGCAGUCCCCAGGCGCCCCGGGCCCUGUCGUGGCCUUCUUUUUGCUGGACUUUCCUCCGCUUCUCGUCUACCCGCCUGCUACGCCUGUCCCGGCUCCCCAGAAAGACGCCAUCGGCUUCGGGCGCGGCAAAGCUUGCCUGUUCCGCCUGCACCCCGCCACCCUGAGCUCCCUCCUGUUGCACGUCGCGUUGUUGCAACUGCCUGCCGCCCAGGCGCAAAACUCGCAGUUGGUGGGAGCCUGCCACGUCGAUCUGGCCGCCGCCUCCUUCAAGGUCACGGGCCCGAGCGCCCGAGGCCGGCGAGGCACUUUUGCCUUACUGAGUCCGACAGGAAAGCGCGUUGGGGAAGUGGCGCUCUUUUACCGCCUAAGAGACCUGGGCGACAGCCAUAUCGGCUCUCCAGAGCCGCCUAUCCCCCUCGCCCCUGCGGCAGGAGCAGAGGGGACAGUGGUGUGCCAAGAACUGCGACGGGAGCCCCACAGACUGCCUAAGACUCAAAGGCCUUCUUCGGCCCCAGAGCUGCGCCCCAGGGAUGGGGACCAGCCUACGGGGGCCCCAGCGGCUCAGCAGGAUGGUGGGAAAACAGUUUUCCGCGGCAAGGCCAUCUUAGAUACUGCAGGUUUUGUUAAGAGCCUCAGAACCAACUCGGCUGUUGCUGCUUCAGCUGGUAGCCGUGAGUGCUGUGUCAGCCAUCUCAGUGAGGAAGUCACAGAGUUGGACCUUGAGACCAACACAUUUUGCCCUCCUCCUCUAUAUUACACUCACUUGACCCAAGAAAAGGUGCGUCCUGCCCAGGUUAAAAUCACAACUGAGCUGCAAAUGAUUGUACCUGAAGAGUUAGAUGGUGCUUUUCCAGAAAAAUGCCUUGUAAGUUCUCCAACACUUUCGAAUUCUCUAAAAUGUACAAACUCAGCAACACAAGAGAGGCCUACAGUUCUUGUAAGUCCUCCACAUAAUCAGGAUAUAGGAGCAGUUAAUCAAACUACAUGUCCUCCUCAAAAUGAGCAAAGUGCAAUUAAUCCAAUAAGGCAGUUGCCUUUGUUAAAUGCUUUGUUAAUUGAGUUGUCAUUGUUGUACAACCAACCCAUGGCAAGUCCUACACACAUACAUCCUCAUCUAGCCUGGUUGUAUAGAACUCAGGAUAAGGAACCAGAAUCUUAUGCCAAGUCCACCGAAACUGAAUCUAAGCAUCAGCUUUCUGUGGGAGAACAUAAAAAGUCAGUGAGUCUUCAAUGUCAAAAGAACCAAAUUGAAACACUUAAGGAAGAUAAAUACUCUGAAAAGAGCAGUGGGAAUUCCCAAACAAGAGUUACAAGGAGGAGACUACUUUAUGGUUUAACAAAUACUCUAAGACUACGUUUAAAGCAAACAAAUCCUGAUAUGUUGGUAGUACAGGAAAAGAGAGAACACUACAGAAGAAUGCGAGCACAAAUGUUAGGUACUAAAUCAAAAGUUAAAGUACUUAAGUUUGCAAAACAAAGUCAGCAGCCACAACUGCCUAAAAGUGAUUGUUUAGAUGGAGAUACAUCUCUUGUUGAAAAUAGUAAUACUUCAAAUCAGGUUAGUGGAACUUCUGAUAAGGCAAGCUUGAAUAAGAUUAAGCCAGAACAAAGAACUAAAAAGACAGUUGACAGUGGUCAAAAUGGAACCAGUAAUGGUUUAUUGGAGGGAAUUGUAAGUUCUAUAAAUUCUAUUAUUCCAGAAAGACUUACUCACACAAAUACUAUAGGAGGAAAAUUAGAAAAAAGAGGCCAAAGUCCAUCUGUGUUCCAGCAGCAAGCUAUCAACAGAACUUUAGAUAAAGAAAUAGGUGGUGGACAGGUCAAAACUACAGAUAGGGAUAUUCUAGCUGCUGAUAUGAGUGAAAAUAGACCAAGUAGAAAUAGUUUCAAUGAAAGCAUCUCAGAACUAAAGUAUUCAAAUGGGUGCACUAGCCCUUGCUAUUCUGAAGAUUUCCAUACUGCUGAGGAUACCAGCAGAAGUUUGUUAAGUUUACAAGCUCAUGAUUGCAGUUCAAAGGCAGGGAAUCCAAAACAUGAUUCAAACACAAGUAAGUCUAGUGAAGCAAGACUGUCCAUAAGGAAAAAUAGCAGUGAAAAGAGUUCUAUUCUUAGCCCACCUUUUUCUGCUGGGUCUCCAGUACUCUCACAAAGAAGAUCUGUUAUUUCAAAGAAACAGGACAGAGGUUUGGAGGAAACAUCUAGUAUCUCCACUGGUGAUUUGUCUUUAUCAUAUUCCACUGAGGAAAAAGAAAACCAGAUGGACCAAGAUGGUAUACACAAUUCUAAGGUGAUAAAGAGAGGUCAUGGUGUCACUAAAACAGGAACUGGUUGCAAAUCUUUAGAGAGAAGCCAGUCACCAAGGACAUCUCAGUUGAGUUCCUACUUGCCAUCUAAUUUGUCAGAACUAGAACUCAAGGUCCUGGAUAGCAGUACAUCAGAUCACUUUGAAGAAGACGAUGAUGACCUUGGGUCACUAACUAUUUCCAAGCAGUGCAAAGAUAUCUGUGAAUUAGUAAUAAAUAAACUUCCAGGAUAUACAGUGUGAAAAUAGUGCUUUUAAAAACUUUUACAACAUUAGUGAAAAAAUUUUAAUAACUUUAGUACAUUAUAUGAACAGUUCUAAGAAAUGCAAGCAAGUUUGUUAUUCCUUUGAUGUUUAAAUGGUAUUCUACUGUUAAAUCUGAUUAUAUUGAUCAUGAAAUUGUUUUAUAAAUUGGUAAGUUUUUUAAAGUUUAAGAAUAAAAAUGUAUCUAAUUUUCUCUAAAGCUGAUUUUAUGUAUAUCUUUGAAAAAGGAUAAAGAAUAGUCUUAAAUGUUAAUGGGAAUAAGUCAUUUAAUAAAUAUAGAAGUCUUAAAGUGUAAGAUUCGGAAUGGUAAACAAUAAAAGAAAAAUACUCAAGAUAUAGUCAUAUUGUUAAAGAGCUCACAUUGUAUGGUUUACAAAGUCUUUGACAGGUAUACAUCUCAGAUUUUCAGCAGAUAGAGACCCUUUUAUGCACUCUUACGUGCUCUGUGUCUUUAAUUUUUUAACCACACCUUUUAUUAAUACUUGAUUAAUGUUUAUCUUUCACUGGGCUUAAGUUUUAUGAUGAGAAGACCUUGUGUCUUUUGCACAUCUUUAUUUUCUUAGUCUCUAGCACAGUCCCUAUAAGCCAUGUGUGACUAAUAUUUUUGUUUUGCUGGUUUUAAAGAGCUUUUAGGUAUUCUUUGAAACAUUUGGAGAGGGGAACUAAGAAAAGUAUCAUCCUGUAUAAUCAUUUCAGAUUGUUCAGUAAUUUUUAUUAUGUCAGAACUUCUUUCUAUAAAAUGUGAUCAUUUGCCUAUAGUAUUUCAUUGAUUUUAGACUAUUUUGUAUUCAAAUAUUUGCAUGUAUUUUUUUCUAGCUAUGCUAUACUUUAACCUUGAGAGCUUUUAAUACAUCUAAUAUUUUUGGAUAUAUGAAGCAAGGUCCUAAUUUUUCCCUUUUUUAAACAAGUAAAUAUCUUUCAAGUGAUAAUGUUAGUAGAUAGAAUUUUGAUGAUAAGAGUAGAGGAUGUUUUAAUUCAGGAAUCAAUAUAAAUGAAUAAUGAUGGGAAUGAGCAUGACCUUUAUUAUCUUGAUUAAAUUCACAGUACUGAGUGGUUAAAAGGAAAUUUGUUGAAUAAGGAAAGCCAUAAAUGACAAACAUCAUAAUAACAUCAUAAUCAAUUGGAGUAGUAGGUUAUAAAUGAAUACCAGAAAAUAGUCGUGAUGUUAUUUAAUAUUUUAAAUUAUUGAAAGUAAUUAUUUGGAGGUACACAAAUUAUGCCGUUAAAAGUUUGGAGUACGGGCUGGGGAUUUAGCUCAGUGGUAUAAGCACCUGCCUGGCAAGCAUGAGAGGAUGCGUUCGAUCCCCGGUACCAAAAAAAGUUUUUAAAAAAUCUUGGAAUAAGAAAAAACUUUUAUGGCUAAAAAUUGAUCUUAAUUUUUCUAUAAAUAUAAUGUAUAUAAUGUAUCAUCUUACAUAAUCAAAACAAUCCCAAGUACUGUAGCUACUCAUAUGAUAUACCGCAAAUUGUUUAGUAAACAUUUUCAAUUACUGUAGAAGAAAAAAAUAUAAGUAGUAUCAGAAUCAUCAAAAGUAUAAUUUCUCAGAAAACUCAGCUGUUUUAUUAUUUGCUUUAAGAGUAGGUUGGCCAGGUGUGGUGGCACAUGCCUGUAAUCCCAGCACUCUCAAGGCUGGCUGAUGCAAGAGGAUUGCUGUGAGUUUGAGGCCAGCCUGAAUUAUAGAGCGAAACCUUGUCUUAACCCCCCUCCUAAGAAAAAAGUCUCUAGGUUAUCUUUGAUGAGAAUGUGGAAGGAAGAUGAUGAAUUUAGUGUGUCACAAUUGCAGGGGCAUAAAAAUAAUAAUUUAUGUUACAAAGCUAAGUAGCUGAAUAAACUUCUCUUUAUGUUA